ACGAACUCUCUUUCUGCUGUGGGUCAGUGAUUGUCUGUGGUUCAUCCUCUAAAUGUGUGUAUUCCAAACUGUGGUAAACAUCAAACGGAUAAAUUUAUGAGAUAUAUACGUUGAAUGCGCUGUUCUCAAAAUGCGAGGAAGCAUCUACCCAAAAAUCUGCACUACAUUUCAUUCUUCAGCAUCCUCUCUCAUCUGACUGAAGACACCCGCAGUCAGUUGAUGUCUCGUGGUGUGGUGAAGUGUGUGGCCAAAUGGUGAUGAAUUCCCUGUGAAAGCUGGCGGAAUCAAAGAGGAAACACCUAAUGGAAAUUGGGUGCAAGAGAACAGACUCUGGCGGUGUUGAAUGCUACGUGGAUUUUUCCGAAGGAGACAAUGCAGGAUGUGUGGAAGUUCUUGCAACAAUUCUCUCAAUAUGCCUCAUGGUCAUUACGUUACCCUUCUCCCUCUUCUUCGUCUUCAAAGUUGUGGCUGAGUAUGAACGAGCUGUGAUCUUCCGGAUGGGUCGCUUGCGUUCUGGCGGAGCUCGUGGUCCGGGAGUCUUCUUCGUUCUGCCCUGCAUCGAUGAAUACUGCAAAGUAGACUUGCGAACAGUGUCCUUUGACGUUCCUCCUCAGGAAGUACUUACAAAGGAUUCUGUAACCGUUUCUGUGGACGCUGUAGUGUACUACCGAAUCAGUGAUCCUCUCAAAGCUGUCAUCCAAGUGGCCAAUUACAGUCACUCCACGCGACUCCUAGCUGCUACGACACUACGCAAUGUUUUGGGCACGAGAAAUCUUUCUGAGUUGCUGACGGAACGCGAAGCCAUCUCACACACCAUGCAAGUAUCUUUGGACGAAGCCACGGAUCCAUGGGGCGUAAAGGUGGAACGUGUGGAGAUCAAGGAUGUGUCUCUGCCAAUGCAACUGCAGAGAGCGAUGGCAGCUGAAGCAGAAGCAUCACGUGAAGCUCGAGCUAAGGUUAUUGCUGCUGAGGGAGAAAUGAAGGCCUCAAGAGCUCUCAAGGAGGCCUCUGAUAUCAUGUCUGAGAGUCCAGCUGCUCUGCAAUUGCGCUACCUUCAGACACUCAAUACCAUCAGCUCGGAGAAGAACUCUACAAUUGUCUUCCCACUGCCACUGGAAGUGCUCAAUUUCUUCCAGGCCAAAACUAAUCAAAUAAUGGAGACAAGAUAGUGCCAUUCCUCAUUCAAGAGGCCAUAUAUUUUUACACAAAAAAAAACAUCAAGUGCAAAAAGAAAACAGUUCCAGUGGAAAUGCAUUUGUUUUUGGUACUUAACUAUUUGGUGGCUGAAUAUUUUUAAUUUUCUUAAAUUCUGUUCCAAGGUAAGUUGGUCUCUCUUCUUCUGAUAUUCCGUAUGAGUAACCAUUUGAUAAUGAAUUUUAAAAUGAUAGAACAAUAAAAAAAGAAUUAAAUAAAUCAUGAAAUCAUGGAUACUCAGAAGAAAAA